GGAGGCACAGGCUGCAGCCUCGGCCGCCGCCUCAGGCAAGCAGCAUCCACCGGCGGCCCUCUCUCCCGGCAGCUCCGGGGCCUUCCUGGCAGCUCGCAGGCAAGCGGAGGAAGGGAAGAGCGGCAGCAGCUCCUGCCCUGGGGCUGCAUCGGCGGCCGCGGGCCAAGGACAUGAUGGAGCUCCUAGAGGAAGAUCUGACCUGUCCCAUUUGCUGUAGCCUGUUUGACGAUCCUCGUGUCCUGCCCUGUUCACACAAUUUCUGCAGAAAGUGUCUGGAAGGAAUUCUUGAGGGAAAUGUGCGGAAUGUGCUUUGGAGGCCAUCCCCUUUCAAGUGCCCCACAUGCAGGAAGGAGACUCCUGUCACUGGAGUCAACAGCUUGCAGGUCAACUAUUCCCUGAAGGGUAUCGUGGAGAAGUACAACAAAAUCAAAGUAACUCCAAAAAUGCCUGUGUGCAAAGUGCACAGCGGGCAACCCCUUAACAUUUUUUGCAGGACAGACAUGCAGCUGAUCUGUGGGGUAUGUGCCACCCGUGGUGACCACACAAAGCAUGUUUUCUGUUCCAUUGAAGAAGCUUAUUCCCAGGAGAAGCGGGCUUUUGAAACUUUGUUUCAGGGCUUUGAAACUUGGCGUUGUGGAGAUGCCCUCUCACGGCUGGAUACCUUAGAGACCAGCAAGAGAAAAGCUCUGCAGAUGCUGACGAAAGAUUCUGAUAAAGUGAAGGAGUUCUUUGAGAAGCUGCAGCACACACUGGAGCAGAAGCGAAAUGAGAUUCUGUCUGACUUUGAGACCAUGAAGCUUGCAGUGAUGCAGGCCUACGAUCCGGAAAUCAAUAAACUGAACACGAUUCUGCAAGAGCAGCGGAUGGCUUUUAACAUUGCAGAGGCCUUCAAAGAUGUGUCCGAACCCAUUGUAUUUCUGCAACAGAUGCAGGAGUUCAGGGAAAAAAUCAAGGUGCUCAAAGAAACCCCUUUACCUUGUUCCACUGUGGACAUCAGUCCCACAAUGAAGAGCUUUGAUACCAGCCAGUGGAAUGGAAUAAAGCUCGUUGAUGUGGACAAACUGUCCUUGCCUCAGGAAAGCAACACAUUCAAAUUCAAGAUUCCCUCAGUCUUUUCACGCAGAUUUAUAGUGAACUCUCUUAUUUUCUUGCUCAUUCUUGCUGUCACCAGAAUGUCCUUUGUGGAGUCAGUCAUUGACAAUCUCCAGUGCUGGAAAUCUCAGUUCCUUACAAUUUGCUUGUCCUAUUUGGCAGAUACCGUGGAGAUAGCAGAUCAUGCAGUCUUUUACUGGGAACAGAUGACAGAUGGAGCUUCACUGUUAAGAGAAAAGUGUAAAAACUAUACGCUGGUUGUACUGGAUAACGUCGCACAGUUUGUGUGCAAAUAUAAACUGUUGUGAAGUGUCUGCUGGA